GUUGCAACUCCAACGGCUACUAUAUACGCCAGAUGCCCAAUUCCAAGGCCUCACAAAAAAAUUGCUACACACAUACGAAAGCAAAUCAAUAAAAACGGAAAGAGAAUCGACCGGAAAAAGUACAAAGAAAGCUAAAUUGAUCGAGCGAGAAGAUUGAAUCGCGACACUGCUCACCAAACAUUAAACUGGUUUUUGCUUGUGGAAAGCAUCAAUGGCAACUCAAGCUAGAGGCCUGAUCCGUGACCAGAAUCUAAGUGUUCACUUUGAUGUGGCUCCUUUAGGGGCAAAAACCAAUGUCUCGAAGUCACAGAAAAAUGGUGUAGGGCUUGGAGGAAGGAAAGCGCUUAAUGAUAUAUCUAACUCGGGUAGGCCUUCCGCACUUCAUUCAUCAAAGACGCACAACUCAAAGAAUGUGAUCUCUAGUGGAGAAGAAAUUGGUUCCUCUAAAAUGAAAUCUUCAUUUGGAGGUAAAAGAAAUGCCUCCAAGGCUCCAGAAAAAGUGCAAGUUGGUGGCAGGAAAGCACUCCGUGACCUUACAAACUCAGGCAAACCAUAUGUCCAACAAUCAUCUAAAGAUAGUUGCUGUAAUAAGUUGGGUGCUGUUGUGGAAGAACAAUUUCUUUCCCAUAAUGUUGCAGAAGAACAGCUUCUGCAUAAUCAUCAGGAAUGCAUCAAGGCACAGCGGAAGGGCAUUGACAUGGAUUAUUUUCUGCAGUCUAUUGGACUAGAAACUGAUAAUUCCAUGCGGUCAGCCUCUCCACAGGUGUCUCCCCUGUCAUCAAAAUUGAAGGCGGAGAGUCCCCCCCGGUAUUUGGAAAUAAAAGAGAUGUCUGAGCUUCUGUAUUUGGAUCGAUAUCAACUGAAGAAUACCAGGCUGCCAAGUGGACAAGCAUCACCUUGUGGAAGUCCGAAAUCACCCAAGCCUUGUGUGAUGUGGGAGGAUUGCAACUUUCCCAGUCUCACAUUGAUGAAGUCCCCGAAAUUGUCGAACAUUCAUAACCCCAUAUGAACACUUGACAUUGUCAGUAUUUUGCUGGGACUAUCAGAUGAUAAUUCCUUUCUGCUGUUCUGGGUAGAAGAGGAGAGAGAUCCUUUCUGGUUCAGUCAAUUAGUUGACUGUUUUUUGUCUUAUUUUGAACCUUAUUCUUAGGAUCCUCUAUUUUCCUUUUUUUUCUUUUCGAACUGGAUUCUUAGGAUCCUCUAUGGUUUUUGUGUUUGACCAAGUAACAUCAGAACUGAUUCUAGCUUAGAUUUCGUAAUCGGAUGUUUGUUUUAUAAAGUUCAAGUUUGAAA